AUGGAUUUACCACCAGUCUUUGAUCCAGUAGCAAAAGAGCUUCAGCUCCAAAAUCUCCAACGCCAGCUUGUAACACUCGAGAACGGAUUCACUAAAAAUAUGAAAGCUCUGUUUGAGUUCAAUAAAAACGAUCCUAAAGGCCUCCUGAAAACACCUGAGCAAAUUGGCAAGGAACUGAAAGACCGCAAGGAUGAGUUUUUCGGGAUUUGUUGGGACAAGAUUGACAAGGUGUGGAAGUGGGGUACUCUCGAGGAGAAGAAAGACCUUCAGAAGGCUAUGGAAGCACAUAUCGACGAGAGCGUGGAUGGUAUAGGACCGUGGUAUUGA